AUGGAUCCAGUAUUGUCGGCUCCCGUUAUUGGCGGUUCUGCGUCGUCUAGCUCGUCAUCCUCCUCGUCUAGGAGGAAAGUUGGUGGUGAAAAUGGCAACUAUCCUCGAACGAAUGGCAUCAACGAAAACGGAGGGAAAUGUCAGCAGCAAGCGGACUACACCAUCACAGAGAUGAACGGGCAUUAUGAUUAUCGCACGACGAACACGAACGCGAAGAAUGGGCACUACCAACAACAUUACCGAAGGUUUUCUGAAAAGGACGCCGCAUUGGGAACGCCUUGGAUCGAUCUCUGUAUAGCACCAGAAGAGCUUCGCUUGGAGCAUACGCUACCAAUCGGCCAGGCUUUCGGUUGGACGGAGAUUACACCUUCUGAAGCCUCACGGCGCCAAUGGGUGGGCGUUGUUGGUGACACUGCUCUUGUUCUCGAAUCUCUGCCUAGCACGACCAGAAUGAAGGUAUAAGGGACCAUGAUUCAUUUGAUGAGGACGUCGAUGAACAUGUUGUGUAAGUAUCAUCUAUACGUAAAGAAGUAGUACCACUACUUCUAGUGCCAUCUAUCAUCAAUAUCAUGCUCAUCCUUUUCCUGAGUUUUUGUGGAUGUUCUUGGAGUUGGAACACGAACAAGCUUGCAAGCAAUUAUCUCUAUUUAUUUUUAUUAGUACUAUCGGUAUCUUAUCGUUAAUAAACUCGAUUCUCGAUCUUGAUGUCUAACAUUAUUGACGCAGGUAUUAAACCCACAGGGUCAUGGGCUGCCAACGUCUUUCGGGGAACCUGAUGACUUCUCCCUGCCUCCGAAAAUGUUCGACCCACGAUGCUAUUUCCGUCUUGAUAUCAAGCUUGCUCCGCUUUACGCUAAAUGGAGUGCAGCCUGCAAAUGGUUUCGUCGGUGUUCAAAUAAGCUGGUGGGUGUGAGACUACUGCAACAGGACCUGUUCGAGACGAUGAUCUCCUUCCUCAUGAGCCAGAACAACAAUGUCGCACGAAUUUCUCAAAUUCUCAGUCGGAUACGUCAAAAGUACGGACGCCGACUGGUUCUCAGUUGCAAUGUCUCAGAGGUAGUACCAGAAUCUAAUGCAGCACGAGGCAGUCAUACGGGCGAUCUAGUACAACAUGCUGUCGAGGGCCAUCUAGAUAUGAAUCACGACGCUCCUGGAGAUCUUAACUCGACAGCGCCGUCUCAAGAUCACGCAGUCGCAGACAAGGUUAGCGGUAACGGCGCAGAAACAACUCCUAGCGCAAAAUCAGCACAGAGUCAUAAAGCGAUUAGCGGCCUGGGAGAGAUGUACACGUUUCCGACGGUUGCAGAGUUCCUUAGGAGUGACGCUGUUACGGAAAGAGAUUUUCGCGAGCUGGGCCUUGGCUACCGAGCGAAGUACUUACGCGGGAUUCUACAACAUCUAGCGAGAAUAUAUGGCUUCGAAAUUUGCCCGGACAAAAAAGUACCAGGGGAAGGAGAAGAUUCAAUUUCUGGAUCUGGUCCAUCUGCUGGUGCUGACGAAACGCUGAAAAUCCAAAAGAGCGCCAAAGGAAAGAAGGCUAGUACUCUAGCAAGCAAGGCGUCUCCUGUAGAUGCCGCUGGCAAGCAAGAAGCGAAAAGCAACAAAGCAAAGCAGAGUUCAUCAGAGAAGAAGAUGUCUUCUAUGAAAAUGGUACGAGCCCUGCCGGGGAAGAAAGUCCUAAAAAAGAUGAGCAAGAUAGCAACGGCAAAAAAGGCAAUGAAAGGACGAACAGGGCCAUCGAAAACAGCAUCAUCCAACAAGAGCUCGUCAACUGCCGGCGACGAAUCAUCGAAAAGAACGAUGAAAACGAAAGCGCAGGCCACAGAUCUCCCUACUCAUCGCUUGGAAGAUUUAUGUUAUCUUCAUUCACAUUCACCAUUUGCAUUUUCUUAUUCUUGGCAUUGUUUGAUAAUUAUAUCAUCAAGUAAACCAAAGUGCUCGUUUAAUAAAGAUUAUCAUGUUCUAGUGCAGAGUUAGACUAAUCUUUGAUCAAUCACCGUCUAGUCCGCUGCUCAUAUUAUAUCAUCCAAUAUAUUCAAUGAAUCACAAGUCCACCUUCACGCGUUUAUCCAAGGACGUCUUUUGCUUUUUUGACAGAAUAUCGCGCGUUUGAUCAUGUGCAUGAGUGCAACGCUAGCGGUAAUGCCUGCUAGAGCUCGAGAAGAGAUCAGUACAUACUAACAAAUAUUUCGCGGCCCUUUCAUACCAUUUGAGCAACGGGAAAAUGCCAGUGGACGACGUCGUUCGCGAGUUGAUGCGGUAUCCUGGGAUUGGGCACAAGGUUGCCGAUUGUAUCGCCCUUUUUGCAUGCGAUGGCCUUGGCCUAGUACCGGUCGAUACCCACGUUUGGUCCAUCGCAAAGGAAAGAUACGGCUUGAACACUAAGCUUGGGGCUGCGGAAUCCUUGACCGACAAGACCUACCACCUGGCGCAGCAUGCGUUCGUCAAGCAGUUUGGCGCAGAGUAUGCUGGGUGGGCACACUCGGUACUUUUUGCAGCAGAACUGCCAGCCUUUCGAAAAGACCUCUAGUAUGGACAUGUAGAAGUUGUUUAUAGGCACUUGAUCUUAUCCAACUUGUCG